UGCUGACCUUGUUUAUUGUGCUACACUGGUUUCCUUGACUACCGAUAUAAAAUGAAAUUUAUUUGCUUUUUCAAAUUUCUAAAUAAAGACUGAGAUUACUGUGAAAGGUGUUAAAAAAUGUUAAAAGAAUAUCAAGCGACCCAUCUCCUUGCCUUUCUUAAAUUCAACUAGUUUGCUGUGUGUGAUCUUACUACUCAUCCAUGUAUAGCUGCCCUACUUUGGUGCCUAUUCAUUAUACAUUUCAUGCCAUAUCAUCGUUCAGGAUUCAAUAAAGCAAUAAAACGAAUGCAUAAACAUAGUGUUUAUCCCUUAGUAGACCACAAGAAGGCAGGAAAUCACCUAAGUAAUUCUUCUAGCAUAUCAUACUUUCUACCUCAACGACAUAGCUGAGCAUCACAAUCCACUAUGAAGAUGAGGCGAUGACGUCGCAGCAACAUGAACCGCUACGUUGUGCUUCAGCAGCUCGGCGAUGGCACGUACGGCUCCGUGGUGCUAGCGCAGCGCCGCGACACCGGCGAGAAGGUCGCCAUCAAGCGCAUGAAGCGCAAGUACUACUCCUGGGACGAAGCCAUGAACCUGCGCGAGGUCAAGUCCCUCAAAAAACUCAAUCACGCCAACAUAGUAAAACUCCGAGAAGUUAUCCGUGAGAAUGAUACCCUGUACUUUGUGUUCGAGUAUAUGCGCGCUAAUCUGUACCAGCUUAUUCGGGAUACUGAGCGGCCGUUCCCGGAGCCGGUGCUGCGCAAUAUCGUGUAUCAGGUCCUUCAAGGUCUCGCACACAUGCACAGGCACGGGUUUUUCCAUCGUGAUUUAAAGCCAGAGAACCUGUUGUGCGCAGGGCCUGAGUUGGUGAAGAUUGCAGACUUGGGGCUGGCGCGGGAGGUGCGCUCGCGGCCACCUUACACCGACUACGUCUCUACACGUUGGUACCGUGCGCCUGAAGUUCUGUUGCACGAUACUCGUUACGGAGCACCCAUCGAUCUGUGGGCGCUGGGGUGUAUUGUGGCUGAGUUGUACACGUGCCGACCGCUAUUCCCUGGUAAUUCGGAGCUAGAUCAACUGUACAAGAUAUGCGCAGUGAUGGGCACUCCGCAGCGGGACUCCUGGCCGGAGGGCUAUGCGCUCGCCGACGCGCUGCGGUUUCGCUUCCCGCAGUGCGCAGGGGUGCCGCUCGCUCGGGUUGUGCCGACGGCUGGCCCACCCGCCCUGGCGCUGCUUGGGGCUCUGCUUCGUUAUCCUCCUCGUGAGCGUCCUACUGCGCCUCAGGCACUACGGUAUCCGUAUUUUGCGGUGGGUGUUGGACUAAUUGCCCCGCAACCACCUCCUUCGCGACCUCGAAGAAGUGGCGCGCGAGAGCCAGUAGAGAUCAUUUCACAGCCGCCGCAACCGCAACCGGCACUUCCAGCCCCACAGCAACCGCUGCGCGACCAUUUUGCAGAUAUUUUAGGCGGAGAAGUGAUCCACGAGAACGAAGGUGAGGAGAGACUGGCUUCGGCGAGGGCACUACGUCGGGUGUCCAACGCUUACCGUUCGGGCGCGGAAGGCCGCGGCGGGCGCAGCGUGCUGGCGCUAGGCGGGGCGGUGGGCGGCGGCGGGGGCGGGGGAGCGGGAGGUGCGGCUGCCGCGUACCUUGGAGCCGCGCGGUACGUGGCGGGAAGCCGUAUCGACACGUCACUGUUUCAUCCACUGCCUUUACGGGCACAUCAUGAAGCAGCCACAGCGGCCGUCGGCAGCGGCGCGACGCGGGUCGACUGGGCCGCCAAGUACUUGAGAUAGAGACAAACGCACUGUGUGACAUUAUGAUUAUCCAAUUAUACUGGACAGUUGUUGUAAAUAGUUACUUAACAAUCUGCAUAAUUUUACUAGUAAAGUGGAGUUUUCAUUCUUAAAA